GAUGGGUUAAGAAGUAUAUGUAAAGGUUGAUUUACAAUAGUUAUUGUGCAGUAUUAAAAACAAUAUUAAUAGGAGAAAUUUGAGAUAAAGAAUAUGAGAACUCGACCCCGGUGCCGAACAUGGCUGCCGUUAUCUACUCAGCAGCUUCGUUUGCGAAAUCUUAUUAGGAUUGAAGGUAUAAAUAUUAAAUGCCAGGAAUCGGGCGCUUUGAUAUAUUAUACGCUGCAUGAAACCGUCGAAAAAGAUGCUUUUUAUACAAGCGAAUGUUUGCCCCAUCGACAGGAUCAAAAUUGGGCAGAAAUUAUAUGUCCUAAAAUAUUUAAAGCCAAUGACCAAAGUGUUUGUGUCAAAGUGUGGGCGCAUUUUAUAACUGGCUUACUAGAUAAAGAUUGCGUUCAACAAAUUGCUUGUGCUAAUACGGAGCCAUUAAGUGCCUUCUCAAAUAACCUUUGGUGUCCCCGUGAUGAUAAGGAAACAAAUCCGCAAUAUAAACUUCUUUUCACUUGGGGAAUAUAUCUUUCUGGUCUGACGCCAGUAAGUGAACAAUACUUUUUAAAGUUAAAGGAAAAUUCUUUGCUUUUCUAUAUAAACGGAGGAUGCUUUACCUCAGCAAAACAUAUAAAUUCGGGCAUUACAAUAGUUGACAAUUUCUAUUUUCUAAAUGAAGUGUUUCCACAUUAUGUUAAAAGUCGAAUAAACUCGUCAAACACAAAUAAUAUUGAAGAAGGGAAUGUAGUUUUUUGCAAAAACGCUGUAACUGCUCGUUAUAUAAUUAUGUACUAUAAAAAGGAUGACGUACGUAUAGGGUAUAGCUUGCAACAGCUUUUAAAGAUACAGGAAAUACAACGAAGAUGUUUACAAAAAUUAAGAGAAAGCAAAGAUCUUACUAUUGAAAUUCAACAAAAAUGCAUGCAAUGCAUCACAAAGAACCAUCUUUCCAUUCCACUAAACUCAUCAUUUAAUAACUCAUUCACGAGGAAUUCUCAAAGAACCUCAAUGGGUCGAGCAUUAAGUGAGUUAUAUUUCGAGGAACGCCAAUUGAGUCCACAAAUUUUAUAUUGUGCCAAAAAUUUAAAGAAGCAAUUAGAAACCUUGCGAUUGAAACAAAGCCUCCUCCAAUUUGAGCAUAAAAGUUUUUCUCUUCGCUUACAUCAAAAAGCCAACGAUUUACUCCUUUUAAAUGAAAUCCGACUCCGGCAUCAACUUUCUAUUCAAUCUCGAAAUCAACAGUUGCAUGACGAAAAAAAAGUUUUGAUAGAGCAAUAUCAGGAGAUAUAUCUUCUUAAAAAAAAAAAGGUCGAUAUCAUCCGAAAUACAGAGCGGAGAAUGUCAGCAUUAUGUGUUGGCCUACGUGAAAUUUACCCAAUAGAAACAAAAACAAAUGCUUUCAAUACUAUCAACAACGUACCAUUUCCAAGUAUGGAUGCAUUGAUUAAUGAUACUAAGUCGCAUAAUACAAGCAGUUCGGAAAAUAUAUUACCUAUUACUUUGAGUGUUUCACUGGGAUAUAUUGCUCAUUUAGUGCAGAUGAUUGCUUUUAUAUUCAACCGCCCUUUAAGAAAUGCAAUAAUACAUCAAGGUUCCCGCUCUCGAAUAAUUGAUGUCAUAAAAGAGAUUCCGUUAUCGUGUUCAGAAUUUCCUCUUUAUAAUCGCUCAACUAUACCGUCUAAGGCAGUAAAAUACGGAAUAUUCUUGCUAAACCAAAAUAUAGCUCAGCUUUGUUUCGAUAUUAUAGGACUGCGUUGUGAUAUGAGUUUGACACUUGAAAAUAUCCGUCAGAUAUUUUUUUAUCUAAGUGAAGUUCAAACCUUGGAUGAGAAAAAAAUGUAUCGCAAUAAGAGGGGCACGUUGAGCUACAAUGGUUGUACAAUUAUGGAUAGUAAUUUGCUCUCGAAUUCACAUUCAUCUAUCGAUAUAAAUAACUUGUCAGUUCCUUUGGUGACUGUAACACCAGAAAAUUCCUCGUCGCAAUUGGCAAAUAGCAUGCCAUUCCCAAUUGAAGGUGGCAUCAAUAUCAAACAAAGGUUUGUAACUAGAAAUAUUAUUUCUUAUGAUAUGUGUCAUUAUAAAUGGCAGAUGGUAGAUUUAUUGAUCAUGAUUCAAUUAUAUAAGGUUUCAUAUGUAGCCCAAUAACAACUAUAUGGGAAAAAUUGAAUCCAUAAUGACAAAA